AUGCAGGACCAACACGCAGGUCUGCCUGUCCCCUUGAGUCGGUGCGAGAAGGCCUUUCAGACUGGCAGGAGCUGCUCUGCUCUCCAAUUGCCUUUGAACAACACACCUUGUCCGCGUUUCGCGUUUCGCCGAGAACUGUGGGCAAUGUGCCCGGAGCACCAUCGAUACUACGUCAACUCCAAUCUCAACCUCCUCAGACGAUACCCAGAGCCUCUAGUAUACCAGUUCAAGGGCGCGUUUGAUCGGAUACUGCUGGACUUGGACAACAAAGACGCAGACACAUGGGCCGACUAUAGACGCUUCAGCGAGCGGGUGGCCCAGACUCUCGCCGUGGUGGCAGAUUACCUCGCUAACCCGCCGUGGGAUGCACCCCGAUCACUUACCCGAGAGCCCAGGGACAGGCGUAUCAAGAAUCUGCCCUGGGGUAUGCCAGACUAUAUGAUGCCGAAGCCAGAUGGUGGCUUUUUCAUGAGAUAUCACAUUCCUGAGGGAUGGUUCACGUUGGUGUCCAGACGCGAGAUCCUGACUGACUGGAAGAUGGGCUCCGCGUAUGAGCUUCUAUCUGUGGCUCUUCCGAGUCCCUACGUCUCAAGGGAACACUUUUAUCGAGCUGGUUUGCUGAGGCGACUGGUCCACACAGUAGUCAUGGAGCUGGAUUAA